UCUUCGCCCCCGGUGUCACCGCAGCCCUGUCGCCUCCCCGGUGAGGUACCCCCUGGUGCCAUGUCUGCCUCCGGAGAUCCAGGCCAGGCCCCAGGUGACCAGGAUAGCCCCCUGGAUGAGGCAGGGGCAUGGGCCCCGGCGGCUGGAAGCGGCAACGAUGUGGCCGGCGGCAACAUGGUGGCCUCUGGAGAUGGGGUGCCGGCGGGUGGAGACGAGAUGGCCAGAGACGGAGUGGCUGGUGGUGAUGAGGUGGCCGUUGGUGAUGGUGUGGCUGGUGGAGAGGAGAUCGCCCGAGACGGAGGUGGAAUAGCCAGAGAUGGAGACGAGGUAGCCCGAGAUGGGGACAUAGUGGCCAGAGACGGAGAAUGGGUGGCGGGGGGCAGAGAUGGAGUAGAUGGUGAUGGAGUGGCUAGAGAUGGAGACUGGGUAGUCGGCGAUGGAGACAUAGUGGCCGGUGGUGACUGGGUGGGUGGAGGCGGAGUUGCCGGCGGAGACUGGUUGGCCGGAGGUGGAGACGGAGUCGCUGGCGGAGACUGGAUGGCCGGAGGUGUUGGUGGAGUGGCCGAUGGAGAAUGGGUGGCCGGAGGAGGAGAUGGAAUGGCCGGCGGAGACUGGGUGGCCGGAGACGAAGUGGCCGGAGGUGGAGACAGAGCGGUCGGCGGCGUAGAAGGAGUGGCCGGAGGCGGAGACGGGGUGGCCGGUGACCCCGGGCCCCUCCCUGCCGAGGCUGCCGGUGCAGCUGCAGCUGAGCCCGCAGAAGGCCUCGGGCAGGAGGCGGUGGGUCCCGACGGCGGGAGAGCCCUCGAGGCGGGCGAGGACUCGGACUCGGACUCGGACUUCAGGCCGGCGGACGAAGACGGCGUGGAAGAGCUGGAGGCCGCUGUGGGUGUGCUGGUGGAUGCCCACGAUUUCCCAGUGGUGGGCUUCCGCUUUAUGUUCUUGGAGCUGGUGUACGCGCUGCUGCACCGCGCCUACUACAACAACCACGUCCUCGUGCGGUACCGGCCUCUGCAGCCCAGCGCUCCCCCUGCGUCCCCAGCGGGGCCCGCGGCCGACGAGUCUCAGGGCUCAUCCGAGGAGGAGGAGAAGGAGGAGGAGGAGGAGAAGGAGGAGGAGAAGGAGGAGGAGGAGGAGGCCGCCGCCGCCUGGGAGACCGUGGAGGAGUCCUACGAGGAGCCGGCGGCCACCGAGGGAACAACAAACCAUCAGCAUGAAAACUCCGAUAAGGAUGCGCAAGUCGCGGAGAGCGAGGAAGAAGCGACGUGUAACAAAAACCAAGAAGGAUCUCACUGAGAAGCAUUCCGACGCGCCACACACCAGACCCAGAAAAGCUGGGAGGAACGAGAAAAGAUGAAGAAAGAAGAAUCUGUGGCUCAUUGUUUUUGGUUUUUCAUUUUUUAGAAGCGCGUGGGAAUUUCAUUAACACCAAUGUCAUUCUGAACCGCAUCGCCCCAAGAGUGAUAUCCAAUGAAAUCUGCCUUUUCUGUUACACUUGACAGUUAUGUUUGACAACAUUUGUUCUCAUCAAAAAUAAGCUUGUUUUAAAUUUAUAAACUGGAAUGAAGGCAGAUUUUAUUUAGAUAAAUUAUCUGAAAUCUCUCUUUUACCUCUUUGUUUUGGCACACUCUACCUUCAU